UCUUGGGAAACAGCUGUUUGCGAUCAACCUCCACUGGCGACGUCUGUCUUGAGUGUGUCUGACACUUGCCAUUCGACGCGAGCCUCUUUCACUCAUCUUUCUUGACUCUCUGGAAACGCUGGCGAUGAAUAAUGGGGAGGGAAGCCAAUCUCUUCACGAGAGGCAGCUAGGUCUUCAACUACCUCCAGAAACCUCUGGCAUUACCCCGGAACGCCACGCGGAGAAUUGGCAGCGAAUCCAGUGGAUGCGAAACUACGUUGACGAGUAUGAAAGACGGAACCAGGCAGCUCUUGAUCGCUGGUACGCUGAGCAGCAGAGAGUGUUGGAGGAUCGCGUAGCGGCGGGUAGGCAGGCCGAACACCUGCUUUCGCAACUACAAGCCACACGUAAUGAGAGCGGGACGACUGGUCCUCCGUCCCCUCAAGCUCGGCCGGCAAACCACCAACCCGUCGCUGGGCCUAGUACAUCUCCGCAACUCAAUGCUCCUGUGGUUCAAGCCUCGUCUUCUUCGUACUUGUCUGUUCAAAAUAUUAGCACAGGCCAACGCGUUGCAUACGCACCACAUCCAUCUCUCGCUCGCGGAGGUUAUCCAACUCAAAGUUAUGAGCAGCAAGCAGAUGCGGCGCAAUAUUCUCAGCCUGGGGCCCACCCCACAACGACGCAUUAUCCUCAAUGGCAGCGUGCUCCCGUGCAGGCUAAGACCACUGAAGCCCCCCAAACCGCUCAGUCUCCAGAAUUGCCAAGAUCAUAUUAUCGUCACGCGGGGACUCCUGCAACCGCACAGGCUAGCCAACCUAUACCCUUACCGAGGUCUGCGCAUGCAAAUGGGAUAAGUCAUAGAGUCCCUGGACGUCCUAGUACAAGUGCCAGGCAGCCUCCUUCACAGAGCGCAACUAAGGAGAGUGUAGUUCCGCAGAGUAUUAAUAGACAAAGUACAGAAGGAACUCUACAACCACUUGCCUUUGCUCAUCAGCUGGUUGAAUUCUGUGCUACCUUCAAACAAGAGAUCCAGGAUGAGAUUGUCAGGAGACUGAUGAAUAAGAUGAAGCACUCCUUGCCUCCAAACUACAGACUUCCAUUUGCUUCUAGGCCUCUUGAUCUUCAAGACCAGACAACAGUGGUUGCAGUGAUGGCUCAGCUAGAGAAUAAGCUGAAUGGUCACUCUCUUCUAUUUUUAACUGCUGUUGACACAGCACUCAAUCAGUUAAUAACUAAGCCAAAACCUAGUUCAGGGCAAAUACCUGCAAAGGUUGCUGUGAGAGAGUACCUGGUCAAGUUUGGACUACCCCCUGCUAGCACUGCCUCUAUGGCUCAUAGGCCAAGGUCUGCUACUCCCCAGACCUCCUCAGUUUCUGCUCCUGUUCAAGAUCUGAGUGUCUCUGAGCCAUCCACAUUGCCAAGAGCCACUACUCCAACUUCUCCACCACAACCUUCAUAUCAACCCAUUUCUCAGCAACCUACAAUAUCUACUGUUUCAGGUCCCUCUAUUCAGACUUCUAUCUCUCAGGCAGCCCAGGCACCCCCAAAACCCUCAAGUCCUAGGACACCUGCAAAGGCAGAUAGGUCUAGACUUGCUCAUGACAUCUUAAGGUCACUUGGCAGAGCUUCCAGAUCUUCUCCUAGUGCUCCUGUUAUCUUUCCCCAGACAUUUCAGACUCAAACUCAAGCUGAGGAUGAUGCUAAAGGCAAGCGAAAAAGAGCAGAUAGCAACAAUAUUGCUGCAUCCUUACCUGACAAGAAGCAGAAGAUGGAGGAAGGAGAGAAAGAAGGUCCAAAUCAAGCUGAAGUUUCUGAAACUGUACCAAGAACAGAUCAUAUUUCAGAGCCUUCUCAGCCUGCAUAUUCAACACCUCCCAGUUCUAGUGUUAGACUAUCUACACCAACCAGCCCUGAGCUUCUUGGGGAAAUUAAGACUGCAGGUGCACUACAAAUGGAAAUGGACCUUUCAGAGACUAGAUCUCAUGCUAUGAAUUUAGAUGGGAUUCAACAUACAGGGUCUUCAUCUGCUCCUAUAUCUGUAGCCUCUGGACCACCCACUUCUGGGACCAUGACACCUGAAGAGUGUCUUCCUGCACCUGAGAACCUGCUUGCUCAAGCUAUGUCCAUUGAUGUUGGACCAGAACUGCCACCAGAGCCUUCAUUGGAAAUCCCUGUGGCUCCAGAGUCUACUUUGCAGACUUCUGAGUCAGUGGCAAGCACAUCCAAUGAGCCUCUCUUCUUGCCCUCAGAUGAUGAAGAUGACAGUGGCAUGCUCAAUCAUGAACUACCAGGACCAAGCCUCUCAGAUGAAUUCAUCCUUGACACCAGCUUGCUACCCAGUGUAUCUCCAAUGCUUGAUUCUACAAAUGUGAGAGCAACAAUGCGAGGAACGCGAAUGGUUUUGAGCGAUGACGAGCUGGACUUGCUCAGUGAGCGACGGGCUCGGUCAAAAUCGCUUGGUGUACAGGCGGCUGCUCCACCGCAUUCGAAACCAUCACCGAGGCCCACGAAUAAGGUCUACGUAGAGGCACCGCCAUUGCCACUGUACGUUAAAUUUCUGCAAGCAAAGAAGGAAGAAAAAAGAGAGGCUUUGAGUGUGACCUCUUCAGCGAGCGAGGCUGAAGCCGAGCCAAUGAUAGAUGAACCGACUCGCGAGAAAAGAGAGCAAGAAGGCCGUAUUUUCGCAAGAAAUGGGCUCAAUCGUCUGCGAAGGUCGCCUUGCCUUUGGGCGAGCUGUGAUGCAGUCCUCGAGUCACCAGCGAAGUUGAUAAAGCAUGCUGUUGCUCAUGCAAAGAAGAAGCUGGAAACGGGUAUCUUCCGUUGCGAAUGGACGGAUUGUACUGAGCAAUUCUCCAGUAUUGUCAAAUUGGUGCAACAUACCAAGCAACACGCGCAGUAUCCUGUAACUUGUCCAUGUCAAGGUUGUUCCCGAUCAUUCUUGUCUCAGGAGGAGCUAGCGCGACACUUCCGAUCACGCCAACAUCGGAAUGUCACACAGUUGAAACCAGAAGCCUCUCUCAUACGGCCUGACGUUGCUCGCGAAUUGCCUCCUUUACCUCCGAGAAUGCCAUCUUACAGGUCGGUCCCGCGUCACGUCAAAAGGCUUCCCAUAGAGGUCGAUCACCAUUAUACCCUUGGCGCACGAGUUCUUGCGAAUAUCUUGUGUUAUGCACCGCCUGGUACGAAGUCGAGGCAAACGGCUCCUCUUCGGAACAGGCGUCAAGUUCCAGCGAGUAUCGCUCCGCUCGAGAGGGUUUUGCGUCAAGGACCGGAAGAGGCGAAGCGAUUUAUCCAACAGAAAAUCGAAGAACAAAACCUUCGUUCCACGGUCCAUACUGGUCCCGAAUUCUGCAACAAUCUUCCCUCGGAGUGGGUCACACGGCUCGUGGAAAGAGGCGUUAUUUUCGAGGAUCCCAACGCACCCGAGGUGGAAUUAUCAGACACAGAAAGCUCAGCUUCUGACGUCGAAGAUGAUGCUGGGGCUAUUGAUGUCACGCCUCCCACAAACAAUGAUGAGAAACCGAGUGCAUCAGGUGCACCGGUGAUGGAUAGGCUGUCCCCGCAGGAGCGUGUCUAUUCCGUUGGCUUGGACUGGCUUGUGGCCGCGAAUGCGGAUGCUUAUGGUGGCCAAGGAGAUAGGACAGAGGAUAACCACCUAUCGCAGCCCCAAUGGACUCCUUUGCACACGGAGGGAGGCGAAGAUAAAACUCAUCAUUAAAAUUGCAUUCCUCUGUUCCAUGUUGAUUUGUGAAUCAUGCUCUGCCAUAUUCGUUCUGUUGUUUGUUCGUAAGAUACACAUAAUACACUAAAUACCACGAUGCACAGCGAAAGAAAGAGGAUCAGAAGAGGCAGCGAGCAGGCGGCAGGGGAAUGAUUAAGUUUGGAAAGAGACAUGGGGGCUAGCCAUAGCUGGCACAAAUACUAUUUCCGCGCGCUUGGCCCUUUGGCUGCUA